AUGUCAAAUGACGACUCUGCUGCUUCUUUUGAUAGGGAUGGUAAUAAUUCCGACAAGGAUGUCAAUAUAACAGGCUCUGGCAGAGGUCUCCUAGGUUAUUUUAUCACAAAAUAUUACAAACAAUAUCCAAAUAUGACAGGUACAGACCAAAGUGAUGAUACCAAACGAAGUACCCAGCUGAAUGAAACAUUCUACACUGGACGGAAUGAUGGAGAAAGUGGUUACAAUACCCCUAACAUAAACAACGAUUUAGUAUCCAAACUAAUAAAGGAAAAUUUGGAGCUGCGCAGCCAAUUUCUCGCUAAGAUUGAAGAAAUUGAUGCUAUUGUUAACACCCACAGAAAUCAAUACAUAGACGAUCUGACCAACCUCAAGUCUCUAGUCCACUCUUUUAUUAGCAUAAACGAAAAAAAGGAUUACACCUCCGAAAUUAGCUCAUUAAAAACCGAGUUCAAACGAUUGUCUUCUGAAUUUGAUAGACUAGUGGAUGCCAACCGAACGCUUAAUGAUUCCCUACAGAGGGAAAUCAAUUUAUUAUCCUCCAAGAAUUCAGAUAACCAACAGAAACUACAAAAACUACUUAAUAUGUCAUUAUCCAUGUCAUCAAUACAGUCUAUCGGAAGAGAUUCUGCUAUUUUGGAUAAAUUUGAGGCGGAUUGUGAACACAUCAGACAUCAGAUAACAGAUGUAAUUGACCAUAAAAUAUCAAACCUCGUUGUAGAAAUGGAACGUAACAUGGAAAAUACCAAGUUGGAAAUUAUGGAUGCCUUCCAAUCUGAUCUUGAAAAUUUUAUCGAACACAAAAUCUCGGAGAUUUCCACCAGGAUGAAUAAUAUUGGAGAUGAUAACACAAAUGAAAAAAGCUGUGAUGGUACAACUGCACAGGAGAUUGAUACCAAUGAUAUUGAUUCGAAGAUAGAAAAUAUUCUGAACAAUAAAUUUGAAAAAAUAAAAAAGUCCAAUGAGGAAUUCAUCAAAGACUUUGAAUUAAAGGUGGAGGCAAUGAAAAAUCAAAUUCACAAUGAUAUUAACAAUACCAAUGAAGAUCUUAUGGCUCAAAUUGACACCAAAUUUAAUGCACAGCUCUCAGAUAUCAUCGGGAAAAUAGAGCAAAAUGCCUUGGCAUCAGCGGCCAAUGAAAAACUAAUCGGGGAUAUUGAUGCUAGCAUCAGUGACAAAUUGGCCAUAAUAACAAAACAGGUUGAAGAUCAAGUGAAAUUCAUUCAUUCGCCACAAUCUUCACCCCCAAGCUCUACAACUGAUACUCCAUGUAAUUCCUCUUUGCCUGAUGAGGUGGAAAGACUCGCUCAUAUGGUCAACGUUACAACCUCCACCACACAGUCCUUGAAGGAGAUUGUGGAUGAUAUGGAGGUUAGCGUCUAUGGAAAAAUCGCAGAUUUGAAAAGUUAUAUCGACAAAAGAAUAACUAGCGCCAAUGCGGGAGAGAAAGGGCAAUUGAGGGCUGAGCUUUGCAGUCUGGCCGAAUCAACCGCCAGGUCUAAUAUAGAUACUAUGGUUAAACCCAUACAGCAAGACUUUAACAACCUAAAGAAGGAACUAGCCGAAAAAAUGUCUAAUUUUACAAAAGUUUUGGAUCAGAAGAGUGCACUGAUGGAUGCCAAUCAGGCCAUGAUAAAGCACAUUGAAAAUAGUAUCGAUGAAAGGCUGGAGAAAUUAGGCUCGCCUUUUAAAUCUGAAAUGAUAAAAAUUAGCAAUAGAAUUGGAUGCUUAGAGGAGCAGGUACUGACUUUUUCAGGGGAUUUGAAGAAGAUUGUAGAGCAAAACUCAGUAUCAUCCAAAUCAAUUCAUGAAUUAGAGCGUACCUUUGAUGUUAAAUUACAUAACCUUACUGAUCAAGUUCAAAAAAUUUCAUCUUCACUUUCAAAUUCUGAACAAAUGCUACUAUGUGAAGUGAAUUCAUCAGUCAAUGAACGAAUUAUGGCAGUGGAGGCUUCGGUGGAAUCUCAAAUUCAAUUGAUUGUAGCACAGCAGAAUAACCCAGAAAGUUUGGUUGAAAGGUCUAGAUAUACAACUAAUAGUGCCCCAAAUGAUGAAAUUUACGGGCUUGGUGCCCUUAGAUAUCAGUUGGGAAUGGAGUUUGAUGAAAAGGUCAAUGAGAUCAAACAAGACAUGAUGGGGAUAUUACAGGAGAUAUUUGAUAUACUAAACAAAAAUCAGGGGCAGAUUGUUAGCUUGAACGAUGAUCUGUCCAGGCUUUUUGAUGAUAACCGAGUAAAGGUCCUAGAAGAAACAGUCAUUACCCAUGGCAGCAGACUAGAACAUGCAAUAAAAACAGCAGAAAUUUUGAAGUCUAGGUAUGAUGGGGUAGAUGCUCACAUGGAGAUGAUUGAAAAGGUUUUUGACGAAAAGCUUGCUGCCCUUUGGGCAGGCAUUGACAAGGAGGGCAUUAUGCAACGGUUGGAGUCAGUACCCAGCCUAGAUUAUCUGGAGGCCAAAUUACACAACUUAAUCAAGGAAAAGAUACCAAGUUUAGACCUUGAAAUAAUACAAAAGAAGCUUUUUGCGUUGGAAAACGAAGUCAUUCCCACCUUUAGUGAAUCUAUCAACGAACUUAUGGACUCUGCCAUAAAUAGCAUCAGCAAUGACAUAAUUAACAAAUCCGUGGAGAAGAUUAUUUAUGAGAUACUUGAAAAGCUUGAAAAUAGGGUCUCCUCCAUAAGGGGGAUAAAGAACUCCCUAAAAGCACCCACAGAAUUCUCCAAACUCACUAUCCAAGAAAAACCCUUGCACUUGGCCCCCAUAAGUGGAAGCGUCAAAGUGGAUCCAGUACCCAAUCCACAAUCGCAAAAAGGCGUAGAACCACCUAUUAAGGCAAAUCUUCUUUCCGUCAUAGAUGGCAGUGGCAGGACCAACCUCACGGCAGAGGACAAUAAGAUGGUUAUAGGACAGUUAUCUGACCAAUUUUCCUCAGAAAUAGAGUCUAUUAAUACUGAAUUAAUUGGCCUACGCGGAGAUUUCGAGGACUUUAAGAGGGAAAUCAACCACUCAAUGGCCCAAAUAAUCAACGAUAUUCAGAAUAACGCUGACAGAAUCGACGGAAAACUCAAGGAUGCCGAAGAGUCUGAAGCCCGCGCCAGGGACCUAUUUAGCCGUAUACAGAAAAAUUCAGAUCUUCUCGAGGUCAAAAUGAAGAACGUCAACGACACACUCCAAUCUGGAUCAAAAACAAUAAGGAAACUAAACUCUCUGGUUAAAAAGUCUAAAGACUCCGCGAAAAACUUUGAAAAGCUCGAAUAUGAGAGGAUCUGGACUGAAAAACUUAGUGCAGAACGAGAGAGCCAAUACCACCCCGAUUACAUUCUUACAGAGGCCAAUAAUUACAUGAAUCUUGGGAUAAUGGGAUCAAGUGGAAGAAACAAUAUCGAAAUUGAUUACCAAAAUCAUCCAUACAGCUCCAACUCUUCUUCACAACCGCAAUCUCCGAUCAUAGAACGUUACCUGGUGCCCCUAAGUGAGACCCAAAUGAUCGUUACUAGACAGUACGUGGAUAUAUCAGAACUGGAACGCUCUCCGAACAGUAAGUACAAUUCAAGCGUUUUGGGCGAUGAUCCUAUGUCGUUUUUCCAAUAUGAAAGUGGUGGAGGCCCUGGAUUUGAUGAGCCGGAGCUACGGGAGCUUUCCCCGGCGCAUAGAAGUGGCGUAUAUCAGUUUGAUGAUUUGGGAUGA